AGAACGAGAUCGUCUAAAACUUCUUGCAAUAAAAUACAAAUCGGAAAAUUACUGGGAUGCUUAUAAAUCGUCUAGAAAUCGCAUAACAGAUGCUUUGCGAGAAGCUAAAACAGCUUAUUAUCAAGUACAAUUUGAUAGAGUAAAACAUGAUCCAAAACAAGCUUGGAAAACUGUCAAUAAAAUCCUAAAUCGAAAGCAAAAAUGUCCAGAUAUAAACUCUGUCAAAACUCAGAAUGGAGAGAUAACCGAUCCAAAUGAGUUAGCGGAAAGCUUCAAUGAUUAUUUUACUAAUAUUGGCCCAGAUAUUGCAAAAACGAUCCAUAAAGGUGACAGAAAUUUCACGGAUUACAUAACUAGAGUAACUAGCAAUUUUAAGUUCCAAGCUGUAUCUGAAUCGAAAGUUCAUAGACUUCUUUUGUCUCUAAAUCCCGGUAAAUCUACCGGUAUUGACAAAAUUCCAGCUAAAAUUAUUCGUAUUGCUUCCCCAGUAAUUGCAAAUUUCUUGGCAAAAAUUUUUAAUAGGGCAAUCACCAGUGAAUCCGUUCCAUCUGAAUGGAAAGCAGCGAGAGUUACACCUUUACAUAAAAAAGGCCCUCGAAACCUGUUAAAUAAUUAUCGCCCUAUAUCCAUUCUUCCUGUUGUAAGUAAAGUUUUCGAAAAAGUAUUAUACGAACAGUUACAUGAUUAUCUUGUUACAAAUAACUUACUAUCCCAACAUCAAUUUGGUUUUAGACGUAGUCACUGA